UUAAUAUUUGUCGGCACAGGGUUCUGUGUUCGAGCGUCGGUGUAUUUUUUAAAGAAGUUUUUCUUUAUAUUUUAAGUUAUUUAAUUUUUAAAAAUAUAACAUAAAUGAAAGCUAUUGUGCAACGUGUUACCUCCGCUAAAGUUACAGUUGGCGAAGAUCUAAUAAGUUCUAUUGGACGUGGAUUAUGCGUUUUAGUGGGCAUCACUCACAAUGACACCGAAAAGGAUGUGGAAUAUUUAUCCCGCAAACUCUUAUCACUGCGCUUAUUUGAAGAUCAAGCCGGUAAACGUUGGCAAAAAAGUGUGCAAGAUGAAAAAUUCGAAAUAUUAUGCGUCUCACAGUUCACCCUAUACCAUCGUUUAAAAGGCAAUAAACCUGAUUUUCAUAUGGCCAUGCAAGGCGAACAGGCACAACAAUUAUAUCAAAAAUUUCUUAAACGUUUGGGGCAAAUGUAUGAUGAAACAAAAAUUAAAGAUGGAAAAUUUGGCGCCUAUAUGCAAGUGCAUAUACAAAAUGAUGGUCCUGUAACUAUUGAAUUGGAAUCACCAAUUGUAGAGGCAAAAGGAAAAGCUACAAAAAAGGAGAAUGCUACAGAAAAUCAGACAACGCAGCAGCAGGAGGUAGUUAUUAGUGAAAAUGGGGAUAAAUUAUAGAGGCUAUCUAUAUAUUAUUGUUAGCAAAUCUUGAAUCAUCAAUUAUUCAUAUUUAUAUAUUAAUUUAUUUAACAAUAAUGUGCUUUAGUUUUGUUAUUUCCUUAGAAUAUUGUUGAUUUUAGGAGAAUUUCUUUUAAAAUUUUGUAAAACUGCGCUUAAAAUGCAUUGUAAAUUUAUGUUUUUUAGCUAUUAUAGUUUUUGUUAUGAGUAUUUAUUUAUAAAAUCA